AUGGCGUCGUCAACGGCUCUGAUUUGUGACUCAGAGGCAUGGAAGGAUUUGAAGGGGCAUGUGGAAGAUAUUAAGAAGACCCAUUUGCGUGAUUUGAUGAGUGAUGCAAACAGAUGCGAGUCGAUGAUGGUGGAAAUUGACGGGCUGCUGUUAGAUUAUUCUCGACAGAGUGCAACUGUCGAGACAAUGGACAAGCUUUUGAACUUGGCAAAGGCUGCGCAGUUGACAGAGAAGAUCAGCCGCAUGUACAGAGGGGAACAUAUUAACAGUACGGAGAACAGGUCAGUUCUUCAUGUUGCUCUCCGUGCUCCAAAGGAUGCAGUUAUUAAGGCUGAUGGAAAGAAUGUGGUUCCAGAAGUGUGGAACGUUCUAGAUAAGAUCAAGGAGUUUUCUGAGAAAGUUCGCUCUGGUUCAUGGGUUGGAGCUACUGGCAAACCGCUGAAAGAUGUCAUUGCAAUUGGUAUUGGUGGUAGCUUCUUAGGUCCAUUGUUUGUCCACACAGCUAUCCAGACAGACCCUGAAGCGUUAGAGUGUGCUAAAGGUCGCCAGCUGCGGUUCCUUGCAAAUAUUGAUCCUGUUGAUGUUGCUAGAAAUAUCAAUGGACUAAAUCCAGAAACUACCCUGGUUGUGGUGGUCUCAAAAACAUUUACGACUGCCGAAACAAUGCUGAACGCCAGAACAUUGAGGGAGUGGAUCACAGCUGCUCUUGGGGCUUCAGCUGUUGCAAAACACAUGGUUGCUGUCAGCACUAAUCUUGCGUUAGUGGAGAAGUUUGGUAUUGACCCGAACAAUGCAUUUGCGUUUUGGGACUGGGUUGGUGGAAGGUAUAGUGUUUGCAGUGCUGUUGGGGUCUUACCUUUGUCUCUACAAUAUGGCUUCUCCGUUGUUGAGAAGUUUUUGCAGGGAGCUUCAAGCAUUGAUCAGCAUUUCCUUUCCACACCAUUUGAGAAGAACAUACCUGUGCUUUUAGGGUUGUUGAGCGUAUGGAAUGUAUCAUUUCUUGGAUAUCCUGCACGGGCCAUCUUACCUUACUCCCAAGCCCUUGAGAAAUUUGCACCGCACAUUCAGCAGGUUAGUAUGGAGAGUAAUGGAAAGGGAGUCUCAAUUGAUGGUCUACCUCUCCCGUUCGAGACUGGUGAGAUUGAUUUUGGUGAACCUGGAACAAAUGGUCAACAUAGCUUUUACCAACUGAUUCAUCAGGGACGUGUAAUCCCUUGUGAUUUCAUCGGCAUUGUGAAGAGUCAGCAACCUGUGUACCUGAAGGGAGAGGUGGUCAGUAACCAUGACGAGCUCAUGUCCAACUUUUUUGCCCAGCCUGAUGCUCUUGCAUAUGGAAAAACACCUGAGCAGUUGCAAAAAGAGAAUGUUUCAGAAAAUCUCAUUCCUCACAAGACAUUCUCUGGCAAUCGACCUUCUCUCAGCCUUCUACUUCCAGAAUUGAAUGCUUACAGUGUUGGCCAGUUGUUGGCAAUCUAUGAACACAGAGUUGCGGUGCAAGGCUUUGUGUGGGGUAUCAAUUCGUUUGACCAGUGGGGAGUUGAGCUAGGAAAAGUUUUGGCAACUCAGGUGAGGAAACAGCUUCAUUCGUCACGUACUCAAGGAACCGAUCUGGAGGGAUUCAAUUUCAGUACCACCACGCUUUUGAAACGAUAUCUCCAGGUAUAA